AUGAUAACAAAUACAAAUGGUGUAGCAUACAACAUAUAUCACUUUUUAUGGUUUAAGGAUGAAUCGUUAUUAAAAGAGUCCUUUCAAAUAAGAAUACCAGACACAUUAAUAUAUAAAAAUGGAGUCCCUCAAGUAAUCAUAAUCUAGAAUUAGGUUUGGUAUUUUACCAGUAAGGAAGGAGAGAUUAUGACAAAGAAAUCUGAGGCUAGAAAGUCUGAAAAUUUGAUUAAGCAUUUUUGCUAAGGAGAUAAGCCAAAUGGAUAAGUUAUAGCCUAUUACAUAUAUCCUCAAAAAUAUAAUCAUUCAGAUCCCAAAGAAGAGAAAACCUUUCCAAGUCAAUCAAAAAAGGCUAAGCCUCUCUUAGACUUCGAUGAAAAGAUAUGCAUAUAUUAUUUAACGAAACAAAUGUUUCCUGAUUUCGUUAAUUCACCAAACAAACCUCCUUCAGGGAUUCUCUAAAAGUUUAUAGAACCAUUAGGAAAUCACGAGUCCUUGAUCCAAGCAAUUUGGAGUCCCUCAGUGUGCAUACUUUCAAAGAAGUAAAACAACCGAGAUUUAUAUGAUAUGGCUUAUGAUCCCUAUGGUAAAGAUAGUUAUCUAUCAAAGAAAGAUGUACAACAUUUGAUGGAGGAGAAGCCUAUUCCAGAGUAAUUCCUUUAAGAGGCAAAGAGAUUUCAUAGGAAAUAAGAAAACAAUGUCAAAUGAUUGUUUAAAAGAUAACAAACUUGAGCUAUGGACAGACGAACCUAUCGAGAAUUGUGUUCUAUUUUAAAGCCGACCAAGUAUUUAAUGCUGUUUAUGUUUUUAUAGAAUAAUAAAGUUUGGUUUUUAUAUUCAUCCUCAAUAAGAAUACAAGGAGAAGCCUAAUCAUAAAUAAAGUUAUAUCAACCUUUAUGGGGUAAUGUUAAUGUGAAAAAAAAUAACACUCCAAUUCCAUUCAAUACUAAUUUCCAGAAACCAUAUUCAAUAAAGAAUAUGUUGACUGUAAACACAAUGCAUCCAGUAGCUUUGAUUAAGGAUAUAGAAUGUUUUGAGUGUGGAGUCUUAUGUCAAUAAAAAGGUGAAUAUCCACAACAUAUUUAGAUCUAUACCAUUUGACGUAUGAAUAUAUCAUCAAACAUUUUGAUUAAGAUGUAAAUCAACACCCUCUUGUGAAUAACAUUGAAAUAAUUAAGCCUAAAUCCUUUUUGUAAUGUGAGGGUCAUCUAAGAGAUAUUCAUUCGCACAUCCCCCCUCUUAUAUUAAAACUAUAUCCACAUUUGACAGUGCAAAUAUUUGAGUAAUUAAAAGUGAAUGAUGCCUUCUUAAUCAAAUCAGUUCUCAUUUGUGAGAGUUGUUUUUUGAAAUACAGUGAAUCAGAUCCAGGAAUCUCUGGAGCCAAACUAAGAGUCUCUAAAUAAUUAAGGAGAAUUGUUAAAUAAUAACCUUCCAAAAGCAUUCUAAAUAGAAGGCCAGAUUUGAAAGAAUUUUUAAUUGAGACUAAUUUAGAACUUCUAAAAUACAAAAAUGCUCAUUCAAUUAGUCAACCAAAGGAAGUGUAAUCUAGUAGUCAUGCCACUACUUCAUUCUUACACUCGUUUCAGAAUGUCACUCAAAGUACGAAUAUGGGGAGAAGUCCUUCCCUAAAGCAAUUCAGAAAUCCGACAGAACCAGGGUAUAUUAGAUUACAUACUGCAAAAUGA